GUCUCGACUCCCACGACGAUUCCAAGAACAACGACCAAGACGACGACUCCAAAAACAACGACUCCAAGAACGACGACUCCAAGAAAAGAAGCAACUAAUAAAAGGAAAGAAUACUCCGGAGAAAGUAGCUUAGUGGUGGCGAAAAAGAGCGCAAUCAC